GGUUCCGUGCGUGCAGCGUGAUUGUGGGGAGCUCCGUCUCUACCCACAAAGAAACAUUAUAGAAGUAACGCCGGAAUGAUGACUGAAGCCUCGUCCUACAUCUACGACGCUACGGAACAUCAACUUUACUUCUCAGAUGUAAAAAUCCUGCUGCCUGCUACUUGGCCACCGAAUCCAAAUCUGUUUCAAAGACCAACUACUCAAUCAUACGAGAAGGCGAAUGUGAUCGUUGCUGAAUCCUAUCUUAAAUAUGGAGAUGCCCCGUACACCCUGCAGUAUGGUGGAUGUGGUGAGAAGGGGCGGUACAUUCACUUCACCCCGAACUUCAUGCUAAAUGAUGAAAUGACCUCAGUUUAUUGUCCAAAAGGUAGAGUAUUUGUCCACGAGUGGGCCCAUCUUCGCUGGGGUGUGUUCAAUGAAUAUAAUGAUAUGGUUCCAUUUUAUUUCUCGGAGAACGGCAACAUGGAAGCAACAAGAUGUUCACUCAACAUAAAAGGAAAAAUCGCUGAGUGCAAGGGCGGUUACUGUUUACCAUGUGCCAUUGAUGAAAACACAGACUUACCAAACAAGAAAUGUAGAUUUUUCCCAGAGAGAAAUCAGAAGUCAUCAUCUUCAAUAAUGUACUUACAGGGAUUACCAUAUGUAGAUAAAUUCUGUGAUUCUGAGACUCACAAUCCUGAAGCACCCAACAUGCAGAAUGAAAUAUGCAAUUACAAGAGCACUUGGGAUGUGAUCAGCCAGUCAGAAGAUUUCAAAAACGUUUCGUCACCUCACACUGGUUCAGUCAAACCAACGUUCACACUUCUACAGGCUAAGGACCGCGUGCUUUGUUUAGUCCUUGAUGACUCAGGAAGCAUGGGAUCGGAGAAUCGCAUUGUCAGGCUCCGACAAGCAGCUGAGAUAUUCCUACUGCAGAUUGCUGAAGCAGGAUCACAAGUUGGAAUUGUCACUUUUAACUCUGUUGCAAGCAUUAAAACACAGUUAAAAAGGAUUGAUAAUGAUGCCGUAAGGGAGGAUCUUGUACAGCUGUUACCAACAUCAGCUGGUGGGGGAACGAGCAUCUGUACUGGGGUUAGGGCUGGAUUUCAGGUACUUCGUGGUGAUGACAAUGCUACAGAGGGUGAUGAAAUGAUUUUACUGACAGAUGGAGUGGAUAAUCAAAUAAGCACCUGCUUCUCUGAAGUGGAAGGAAGUGGAGCUGUAAUCCACACUAUUGCACUAGGACCAUCUGCAGCUGUACAGUUAGAAGAGCUCUCAACUAUGACAGGGGGCUUACAGUUUGCAGCAACUGAUAACGUGGAUGUAAAUGGAUUAAUUGAUUCCUUCACAGGAUUAGUAUCAGGAAAUGGUGACAGCAAGAAACAGUCCAUCCAGCUUGAAAGCUCAGGAAAAAGCUUUGAGACCAGCGAGUGGUUGAAUGGCACAGUUGUUAUUGACAAGACAAUUGGGAAUGACACCUUUUUUGUGGUGAAUUGGGAGACAGCGAAUCCAGUAAUAGUUGUGCAUGACCCCAGCAGAAAGACUUACGGUAAUUCUGACUUCAAGAUAGAUCAGUCUGCAAGAUCAGCCCGUCUUAAGAUUAAUGGCACUGCAGAGAUUGGAACUUGGAUCUACAGCAUUCAAAACCCAGGAACCAAACAGGUCAUAACAAUCAUCAUAACGUCACGAGCAGCAGAUCCACAAGCUCCGCCAAUCAAAGUUAGUGGGUACAUCAGCAGGAAGGAUCCCACCAGCCCGAUGAUUUCCUAUGUGGAAGUUAGUUAUGGAUUUCAGCCGGUUCUGAAUACAAAUGUGACGGCUAUUAUUGAACGUCCCAAAGGCCCUCCAGUUACACUGAAGCUCUUGGAUGAUGGAUUAGGUGCUGAUAUCGUCAGGAAUGACGGGAUUUACUCUAAGUAUUUCUUCGACUUUAGUGGAACUGGAAGAUAUGCGGUUAAAGUGCGUGUACAGGGAUUCGAAGGUACCACAAAGUUAACAGUCAGAACAGGAGGACAGGCCAAGUGCCUACCAGGAUUCAUGGAAAAUGGAAAUUUUGAAAUAAACUCAUUAGAACCUGAACUUCUUGAGAAGGAACUUAAUAGCGAAUUAGGAGACUUCAACAGGGUUCAAGCAGGAGGAUCAAUUUCGCUUCCCUUCACACCCACUAAUGACUUCCCACCAAGUAAAAUCACAGACCUUCAAGCAACAUUACUUGAGAAUAAAACUCAUCUGGAAUGGACGGCACCAGGAGGAGACUAUGACCAUGGAUCAGCAUCUCAUUAUGAAGUGAGAACAAGUGACAAACUGCUACAACUACGAGAUAAUUUUCCCAAAGCUCGACUAAUUAACACGACUGUCAUGAUUCCGCAACCUUAUGGCUUCAAAGAAAUGCUAACUGUUUAUUCUGAGAAGCCAAACAUGCAAAAUGGGACAGUGAUCUACUUUGCUGUGCGUGCAUAUGACCAGAGCAAUCAAUAUUCUGAGGUGUCAAACAUAGCCAAGGUAUCUUACUUCGUGUUUUUGGCUAAGAAACAUCAUUCCACUUAUUUAUCAUGGAAAGGAUGGAUUCCAAUAUUAAGUGGAAUUACUCUGAGUACAAUUACUAGUAUCAUUCUUUGCGCUGUGUGUCGACGAAGGAAAAGGAAGCGAGUGAAUCUUGCAAAUGCAUAGGAAUUUUACAAAGGGAAUGAUGAAGUUGCUUGCAAUUAAAAUUGCCUAGAUCUGAGCAAUUGGGUUUCUUAACUGGGUUUCAUUUUAGGGACUGAGUUAGAAGGGGGAAGAUCAGAUUAUGAUCCAAAGUCAGUUUUCCAAUAUAUGAUUGAUAUUCCAGGAUUAUAGCGAUUGGGAGAAUACCCGUGCAAAGUUCACCCUCAAUGACUAUUUGUUAAUUCUCCAGGCUUUAAACUGAUUUGUACUGGUUAUACUCCUGGGUGCUUGAGCCAAGGUUCCCAGCUCUUUGAAUCUCAGCAAAUUCGUGUAUCCAAUACAGAUAUAGAAUGUAGAACAUAGAACAAUACAGCACAGUACAGGCCACUGAGCUACAAACCUGAACCGGACUUUUCACCUACUCCAAAAUCAAUCUAUCACAUCUCUCCCACAAAGCCCUCCAUGUUUCUUUUAUUCAUAUACAUAUCUAAGAGUCUGUUAAAUGUUUCCUACUUUUUUUAUGCCAUGGACCCCUACCAUUAACUAUGGGAUCCUUGGACUCCAGGCUAGGAACCCCUGGUCUAAUGUAUCUGGCUCUAUCACCAUGCCUAGCAGGGCAAUCCACGCACACACACGCACACACACACACACGCACACCACUCUUCGUGUAAAAAAAAAGUACCGCUGUAUAUUCCUGAUACAUUCCACCAAUCACUUGAAAAUUACACCAUCUUGGAUUAGCCUUUUCUACCCUGGGGGACAAAAAAGUGCUAGCUCUCUACUCUGCCAAUGGCUCUUAUCUUACACAGCUUCAUCAAGUCACCUCUCACCGAAAAACCCUAGCUCGCUCAACCAUGUAUUUGAAAUGGACAAUAUGUAAA